CUACUGCCACUAGGUUGUGUUGUUUCAAUUCAAGCUAAAAAUGGGACGCGAGCUUGCUCGAGAAGGUUUCAUAGAGGUCUCUGGAUGUUAGACGUAGUGAGUGAUUAUCAUUUUUGCGUGGAUAGGUGACACUUUCUACGCCAAAAUAAAGCGUUUACUUGGCUAAUGUUGUGGACUUUGCUUAGCUUACGUUAGCGCUUGGGCGUUUAGAUAGCUUAGCCAGUUAGCAGUAGAAAAUGUAUCUUUUAUAUACAAUUCUCGCAGCACUUUUGUGUUUUCUGGUAAUGAAAUGGAUGAAGCGCAGAAGGUACUGCAUGGAUAUAAGAAGAUUGGAUGGAAAAACUGUUCUUAUAACUGGCGGUAACUCUGGCAUCGGGAAAGAGACGGCUGUGGCUUUGGCCGUGCGAGGAGCCCGAAUAAUCAUCGCCUGUCGAGAUGAAGACCGAGCCAGGAAGGCUGUGCGGGAGAUCAAAGACAGGAGCCACAACAUGAACGUGCUCUUCAUGGAGCUGGACCUGGCCAACAUGAGGUCCAUCCGAGAGUUCUGCAAGAACUUCUUGCAGAAGGAGAAGAGGCUGGAUAUUCUCAUCAAUAAUGCAGGUGUUCCUAGUGUCUUGGAUUGGACCGAUGAUAAUUUUUCCAUGUGCUUUGGUGUAAAUCACCUGGGUCACUUUCUCCUGACCAAUCUUCUGCUGCCGCGACUUAAAGAGAGCACACCGAGCCGCGUCAUCACCCUCACCUGCUCCAGCUACAAGUACCAGAGACUGGACUUCCAAGACCUUAACUACAACCUGUUCCCUUUCUUCACCUACUGCCGCAGCAAACUGGCAAAUAUCUACUUCACCCAGGAGCUGGCUCGCAUCACGGAGGGCAAAGGAAUGACUGCCUACACUGUGCAUCCUGGUUAUGUGCAGAGUAACUGGACGUGCCACUACUCAUUCCUGUACCAGCUGCUCAUGAAGGUGAUCAUGUUUAUGUUUUUCGUGUCGUGCGAGGCCGGGGCGCAGACCGUUGUGCACUGUGCCGUGUCGGAUGAGGUCAUGGCUCACAACGGGGGUUACUUCAGCAACUGCAGACCCGCCUCGUUAAAACCUUACGCCAAGGACAGUGGCGUGGCCAAAAAACUCUGGGAGGCUAGUGAGAGAUUGGUCAAACUUGCCUAAAAGAUGUCUGAUUGUCAGUAUUGGAUUUUUUUUAAAUAAACUAUUUAUUGUGUGUAUAAUAACAUUUUUUUCUUAAGUAUUCAACGAAUUAUGUGAUGCUUGACCAGCCUCUUGCUAAAAUAAAUAGUUUAUUAAUGAGA